ACACGUUUUGUUGUUUGGAAAGCCUGCUGAGAGAAAGGAGGGAAAAUAUUCUCUAAAACGUUCAGCAAAUACGACUAAUUUCAAACAAUGUCGGACGACGAGAACAAUCAUAACGAUAGCGGGACUGAAGAGCAUGAACAAGACAGGGAAUCGCCAGCUAAGAGUGAUGAACCUCGCCAGAAAUCGCAUUCACCUCCACCAAGAUCUCGUUCUAGCCGACAUGAUGGACCUCCUCCAACGAAACUUUAUGUCGGGAAUUUACCUGACGAUUGCAAACGAUCGGAUCUCUAUGCUUUGUUCGAGAAAUGCGGGAAGUUAGAAAAAUGUGAUGUACUGCGAAACUUUGCAUUUGUGCAUUAUGAACGUGCUGAAGAUGCAUCCAAGGCAGUUGCCAAGUUGGACGACUCUGAAUUUAUGGGUGUUCACAUUCAAGUUCAGCAUGCGAAGAGCAAAGGAAAACCUAAUGCUGGUGAUAAUGAAUGUUUUGAAUGUGGACGAGAAGGCCAUUGGGCAAGAGAUUGUCCUAGAAGAAGAAGAUAUGACAGGCGUCCACCUCCUAGAAGUAGUUAUCGAGGGCCGGAUAGUUACCGUGGACCUGACAGUUAUCGAGGACCGGAUAGUUAUCGUGGACCAGAUAGUUACCGUGGGCCAGAGCGUAGCUACAGAGACAGUUACUAUAGCGAUAGUUACUAUGGAAGUCGAUACUCUGCCCCACCUCGGUACAGCCCCUACAGUCCUUAUGGAGGCUAUGGUGGACGAAGUAUGAGGAGCAGGUCACCUCCGCCAAGAUCCUACCACAGUUCAUAUGCUUAUGCACCAAGACGGUAAGCGUUGCUUGUGGUAGAUUAAUGACAUCAUGGUAACUGGUUUUACACUAAAAUGAUAAUGUCACCACAUCCAUAAGCUACUGACAGUACAAUGCAAAAAUGCACCAGCUUUAAGACUUGUGUACGAAUACAAUUUUCUAAGUUUCGCCUUGCGCAUGCAAAGAUCAUUCAAAUUGAUCUAUUUUUAAGAGUUUUUAGUACAUCAAAAUAGAAUUGUCAUUCUUACCUACUUUUUGUUUGUGUCUCAUUGUCUGAUUGUAAUCUAAAACUCCUAAAAUUCAUGGUUACAGAAGAGAAAACUAUGUUGUCAAAUGUUUCUUUCUCCGAGAGUAGGAAAAAGUAUUAAGAACUCUUCCCACACACCUCUGACUACUACACGUACCUAUUACAUAUACUCUAUCUAAAACAAGAAACUACAUCACAUAAACACGUAAAAAGGCUACUCGCAUUCGUGCAGAAUCUACAAGAUAUCAGAAUUUGAAAUACAUCAUCAUCGAUAGUACAGUUUUCGUUAUGAGUAGUACAAACGACGCCGGUCGCGUUGUCCCAAGCGUCGAAGGACCAUUUCAUGGAAUGCUCGGAAGAUCUUACUCCAGUGGGAUUGAGAUAAACUCGGCGAUGUCGUAAUUCGAGUUGGUUAAGGUAACGAACGGUGUCUCGGAAGGGUUUGACGUCCACUUGUGAUAUUAUUGAAUACACUAUGUUAUAAUCGGUACGUUGAAUCGUUUGUAUGAAGUUUUCUAUAGUUGCUCGUGCAAAUAUCGGUGGGCUAACAACAACGAUUGUGACCUCGAAAACGAAGGGUCGUGCUCGGAAGAUCCAUUCAUUCAAAGAUACCCGUUGUCGCCAGAGAUCCUAUACCUUAACGUUGUUCAAAUAUUUCUCGGAUGGUGUUAAAAUUAGCUUGAAUUCUUUCUGGUCUAAUGGCUGGAGGUACUCCCAGAGAUUCUGGAUAACCCAAGCAAGAGGGUUUGCAUAAAUGGGUUUGGGAAGACUUACUCGAUGGUGUCCUGGAGUAAAGGGAACUUGUGAGAACGUAUAAAGAUUCUCCAAAGUGAACUUUGGUGUCAACAGAUAACACUUGAAAUUUGUUCCCAAGUUUGGAAAAAGCGAUGAUAAUCUGACAGAAAGACUAAACUGAACUGUUAAAAUUUUAAUUUUUAAAGAUAAAAUAACAUUAAGAUAUGUUGAUUCGUAAUAUUUUUA